AUGCUCGAGUUCCACAUGAUUGCAAAGAGAGAUGUUACCUUCUCGGCUUUAGGAUUUUUUCGUAUCAACAGUUCAUUAAUUGGCUCAAUAAUCGGAGCGGGUAUCACCUACGUGGUCAUUCUUCUGCAGUAUGGAAAGUAG